CAGAGAGAAUCAAGGGCGCCCAGUGGAGCCGAGCAGAACCAGAACCCUGAGACCCUGAGAGAGCACGACCCGGCAGGUAAAAGGUAUGGACCUCCUUGACUCCGCCGAGCUCCCUGGCAACAGGACAGACUUCAGCACCGUCUUCACCAGGCAGGUCCUGCCUUGGCUCUACAUCGUCAUCUUCGUCGUGGGCGUCGGCCUAAACGGCACCGCCGCCUGGAUCUUCUUCAGAGUCCCCGCGGAUUCUGCUCUGGUCGUCUACCUGAAGAACAUGGUGGUGGCUGACCUCCUCAUGCUGUUCUCCUUCCCCUUCAGGGCGGCGGCCAACAUGGACGCCGACAGCCGCCACAUGUGGAUGAUCAACUGUCGCUUCACCUCCGUGCUCUUCUACUUCUCCAUGUACGUAGGAAUGCUCUUCAUUGGCUAUAUCAGCCUUGAGCGCUACGUCAAGAUUUGCCAACACGUCCCUUCCUCCACCGCCUCCUCCUUCAGGUGUAGUGGGGCGUCUGCUCUACGCUUCAUGCAGAGUGUCACCUUUGCCAGGGUCCUGGCCGUCCUCACCUGGGUUCUCCUCUUCCUAAGCUCUGCUCCCAACGUCGUGCUGACGACUUGGCCGGCCGGUGGGCGCAACGUCACAACGUGCAUCCAGCUGAAGACCAAACUGGGUGUUCGGUGGCACCAGCUGUCCAUCCUCUUCACCAUGGUCCUGUUUUGGGUCACCCUGCUCAUCGUGGCUUUCUCCUACACCUUCAUUGCUCAUCGGGUGUACAAGACGUACCGCUGCAUGCGGCGCGACAGCAGGGAGGUCUACCGCAAGUCCAACCGCAGCAUCUUCAGCAUCCUGGCAGUGUUCUUCGUGUGCUUCGUGCCGUACCACGUCUGCCGGGUGCCGUACACCAUGAGCCAGCUGUCACCGACGGGCUUCAGCCAGGAGGGCAUUUUCCUGCUCCGCCAGAUCAAAGACGGGACUCUCUUCCUGUCAGCGACCAACGUCUGCCUCGACCCCCUGGUGUACUUCCUGAUGUGCCGCACCUUCAGAAAGUCGCUUAUCAGGAAACUGUCGGGUAGAAGGAAGAAGAGGACGCUGUCGACCAAUCAGAGUGUUUCGUCUCCUCUAGCGAGGCAAGAGGAGACAAGGGCUGGAUAGAUAAAAAGGAAUAAAUAGAUGAAAGAGGAUGCAGCAAACAUCCAGGAUUAGAGGGAAGGAGAUCCUUGUUGACCACAAAGAGUCCAGACAACAUCUAGGCCAGAAGGAGACAACCUGGACCAGGAGGGAGGAUGAGGGGGGACAGGAGGCCAGGAACGUUUCGCACCUAUAGGAACCGACGAGGAAUCCUUAAACCCAGAACUUU